AUGAGCGAAGAGAUCGACAAGCACGUUCUGCGAAAAUACGAAAUACAGCAGAAGCUCGGGAAAGGGGCAUACGGAAUAGUUUGGAAAUCUGUGGACAAGAAGACCCGUGAUGUUGUAGCCGUGAAAAAAAUCUUUGACGCGUUCCAAAACGCUACAGAUGCACAGCGAACGUUUCGCGAAAUUAUGUUUCUGCAAGAGGUCAACAACCACGAGAAUAUUGUCAGGUUGUUGAAUGUUCUGAAAGCAGAAAACGACAGAGACAUCUAUCUGAUUUUUGAGUACAUGGAAACUGACUUGCAUGCAGUAAUACGCGCAAAUAUUUUGGAGGACAUCCAUAAACAAUACAUCAUGUACCAACUUUUCAAGGCACUAAAAUACAUGCAUUCCGCUGAGCUCUUGCACAGGGAUGUCAAGCCAAGCAAUCUACUAUUAAACAGUGAAUGUCAAAUGAAGAUAGCAGACUUUGGGCUCGCUCGCUCUUUAACGAAUAUUGCGGAUAACAAAGAUUCUACGCCUAUAUUAACGGAUUAUGUAGCAACGCGCUGGUAUCGAGCCCCUGAGAUUCUUCUGGGUUCUACAAGAUACACAUUUGGAGUCGAUACAUGGUCAAGUGGUUGUAUCCUCGGAGAACUUCUUGGAGGAAAGCCAAUUUUCCCUGGCACCUCGACCAUGAAUCAACUUGACCGCAUAAUUGAGGUUACGGGAAAACCCGCGAACGAAGACAUUGUCGCCGUGCAAUCUCCAUUCGCAAUCACGAUGCUUGCAUCUCUUCCGCCCCCAAAGCCAAAGAAAGCUACAGAGCUUUUUCCACGCGCGAGUCACCAGGCUGCAGAUUUGUUGCAAAAGCUCCUCCAAUUCAAUCCCGAGAAACGAAUCACGGCAGAGGAAGCGUUGAGACAUCCAUACUUAGCUCAGUUCCAUAAUCCAGCAGAUGAGCCAUACUGUGAUCACCGUAUUUUGAUUCCCGUCGACGACAAUACCAAAUACUCAGUUCAAGAAUACCGAGAAACGCUUUACUCUGAAAUUGUUAAGAGGAAGAAGGAGUUGCGUCGACGAAUGCGCGAGCGUGAGCAAGCUAGGGCAAUUCGAUAA